GAGAGAAACCCGAGAAACCCCAUUACUGGAGCAACCGCGUGCCGGCAGUGACGUCUGCUCCGCCCCAUCCCGCCGACUCCGGCGUAGCUCCGCCCUCAGGGAUCCAGGAACUCCGCGCCCAGCCGAAUCGUCGGAAAAACCCGGAGUGGCAAAUCCGGGCGCGGCCCUGGGCGCUGGAGUUUCAGAGCUUGCGCAGAAGGCGUCCGAGGCGCAUGCUCCUUGGCGGUCCAGGACCCCGCGGUCUGGCUACCGCGCUGGCCUCCUUGGCCCACGGAAUUCCGGGCCGGCUGCGGACAUGGCGGCCAGCCUGUGGAUGGGAGAUCUGGAGCCCUACAUGGAUGAGAAUUUCAUCUCCAGAGCCUUUGCCACCAUGGGGGAGACCGUAAUGAGCGUCAAAAUUAUCCGAAACCGCCUCACUGGAAUCCCAGCUGGCUACUGUUUUGUAGAAUUCGCAGAUUUGGCCACAGCCGAGAAGUGUUUGCAUAAAAUUAAUGGGAAACCCCUUCCCGGAGCCACACCUGCAAAACGUUUUAAACUGAACUAUGCCACUUAUGGGAAACAACCGGAUAACAGCCCUGAGUACUCCCUGUUUGUGGGGGACCUGACCCCAGACGUGGAUGACGGCAUGCUGUAUGAAUUCUUCGUCAAAGUCUACCCCUCCUGUCGGGGAGGCAAGGUGGUUUUGGACCAGACAGGCGUGUCUAAGGGCUAUGGUUUUGUGAAAUUCACAGAUGAACUGGAACAGAAGCGAGCUCUGACUGAGUGCCAGGGAGCAGUUGGCUUAGGGUCUAAACCAGUUCGGCUGAGUGUGGCAAUCCCCAAAGCGAGCCGCGUGAAGCCAGUGGAAUAUAGUCAGAUGUACAGUUACAGCUACAACCAGUAUUACCAGCAGUACCAGAACUACUAUGCGCAGUGGGGCUAUGACCAGAACACAGGCAGCUACAGCUACAGCUACCCCCAGUAUGGCUACACACAGAGCACCAUGCAGACAUACGAAGAAGUCGGGGACGACGCAUUGGAAGCUUAUGAGGCUUCCAGUUUCUCCACAUCCUCACCAGUGAUUGUUACUCUUUUUCAUUACAGCCACACUGACCCCAUGCCGCAGUUGGAUGUGACGGAGGCCAACAAGGAGUUCAUGGAGCAGAGUGAGGAGCUGUACGAUGCACUGAUGGACUGUCACUGGCAGCCCCUGGACACAGUCUCUUCAGAGAUCCCUGCCAUGAUGUAGUCAGGACAAAGGACAAACAGAAACGGACUGUGUGAUGGAGAUAAGAGACUCCUUUUUAACAAAAGUAUUGGAAGAACUUUUACCUUUUUGGAAACGUUUUGUAAGAUUUUAGUAACCAAC